UUGAAUUUCCAGCAGUCCUGUUAAACACUUCAACGGGAGAGAUUGAAUCUGAAUUCCACACAUACGUCCAGCCCCAGGAGCACCCUAUUCUCUCUGAGUUUUGUACAGAACUAACUGGCAUAACACAGAAUCAAGUUGAUGAAGGGGUCCCUCUAAAGAUUUGUUUAUCACAGUUUUUGAAAUGGAUUCAAAAGAUACAAAAGGAGAAGAAAAUUAUAUUCAGUUCAGAUAUUCCAAGCCAUUCUACUUCAGAGGCAAAACCAUGUACCUUUGUUACUUGGACAGACUGGGACCUCGGUGUGUGUUUGCAGUAUGAGUGUAAAAGGAAGCAGCUGCAAAAACCUGACAUUUUAAAUUCCUGGAUUGAUCUCAAAGCAACAUACAGGGCCUUCUAUAAUAGGAAGCCUAAAGGGCUAAAUGGUGCUUUGCAGGAUUUGGGGAUAGCUUUUGCAGGACGGGAACAUUCUGGGUUGGACGAUUCUCGGAAUACUGCCCGUCUUGCUUGGAGGCUGAUUUGUGAUGGAUGUGUGCUGAAGGUUACUAAAUCUUUGGAUAAGGCACAUCCGAAGAAUAAUUUAAUUUCCAGAACACUGAGUAUAAACUUCACUGACAAGACUCCACUGGGAAGUAAUAGCAGACCUGAAACAUCUAGAGAUGGAACUUUUGAAACAAACUCUCUGGCUGAGAAAAACCACAAUGGUAUUGCUGGAAUUAAGAUAAAUUCUAAUGUACAAACUGAAGAACAACAGACCACUUGCAGCGAUUCCUCUGCAGAUGUCCACAUUGCACCUAGCAGCAGCUCAAGGACUGAGUUACAUGCUCAAGUCCAAAGCUCUUUAGCAGCAUCUACUGACAGAUUUCCUGCUCCUCUUGAGCAGGCACAGCAAUCUCACAGUAGUGUAUCAACACACAUUCGGCAAGGAUUGAGCAAUGGGCAACCUCUGAGUACAACCGGAUACAGCCCCCCAGUACAUGGAUCAGGACUAGUGCUUGUCUCCACUACUAUCCCCUCAGUUAAUAUCUCCAGUGAGGAUAUCAGUACUAGUUCUGAUUGCUUAUCUCUGUUGACUGACUGGGAGGAUGUUGCUUUAAUACCAGAAUCUCAAUAUGAACAAAAUUCAGACUGCACUCAAUUCAAAGAUGACUCAAGUACAGAUAUUUUAACAGUGUUUGAAGAGAAAACAAUUUCAAAACAAUCAGUGGCGAUGAGUUCGGAUAAUCAAAGUUUGGAGAAAACUGUAAUACCUGUGGAACCUCUGAAAUCUAUCAUUUACAAAAGUCCUGAUACUACUAUCUAUAACGUAGGAAUAGUACAAAGGCAGACUUCAAAUUUUUCAGCCUUUAAGUUACCAUCUGCAAAGGUAGAUGCUAUUUCUGCACAAUCGGCAUUAACUGGAAAUUAUUCUGCUCCUUCAGAGGUUCCUAAAAGAAAGCCAACUAGUCCAAAAAUGUUCCCACCAGCAAAAAAAAAGUCUUUUGCUAUAUAUAAAGAGAAAACUGCAUCUUUUGAUCAUUCCUUACCUUUAAGAAGUUCCAAUUUGUCCAAAGUGUCUCCUGCCAUUCUGAACUCCACAGUCAAUUUGAAUCAGUCUGUAAGAGCUGUGAAAAAUGGAAAACCAACUCCCCCUCUGUGUAACUGCGGUCGAAGAGCUAAAAAACUGUAUGUGUCAAAUGCUGGUCCAAAUCACGGCAAAGCAUUUUUUUGUUGUCCUGUUGGCAAACAUGAAGGUAAUAAGAAAGGUUGUGGAUACUUCAAGUGGGAAUAUGUGCUUCUGAAAGAGAAAUCUAAUAGUCUCACCCCGAAUGCAGAUGCUUUGACCUCUCCUGGAACUUAUGCCAGUAAUUUAGGAAAUUCUUCCAACAAAAAAUAUUUGUGUCUUAGACCCUCUAUGAGAACUUGA